AUGAGCAGAAUGGAGGAAAUACCAAGGAGGGGUCCCCAGGUGCGGGAACAACUGAACAGUCUUAAGCACUUUCAGCAACAUUCACGUCUACAUUUUAUUGGUCAAUGGAAGACAAAGGCCAGCGACUUGUUUAAGGAGUGGUUUAAAGAGAAGCCCUUUUGGAAUCACGGUGAUAUGAACCAUCAGGUUUUGUUCGCACACUUGGAUAUGGAUGCCUUCUUUUGCAGCGUUGCCCUUGCAAAGGAAGAGAAUUACCACUUGCGCGACAAACCGGUUUGCAUAGCUGCGGGAAAAUACAACAGUGACAUUUCCUCUUGCAAUUACAUAGCAAGGUCGUACGGUGUACGUGCGGGAAUGUAUGUGAACGCUGCGAAAGAGAUCUGUCCUAGCCUGCAGGUGCUAGGUUACGAUUUGCCGCGUUGCGAGGAGGUCAACAAAUGUCUUUAUCGCAUUCUAUUCGAGUUUUGCCCGGAUCUAGUCAGCAUGGCUGUCGAGGUAUAUAGCAUCGAUGAGGUUAUGAUAGCUUUUGACACUGAUGACUACAACACGAUAAUACGUUACUGCAAAAAUGUGCGUGAAGAAGUGAAGAAGUCUACGAAUUGCACUGUAUCGUGUGGCAUUGGUCCCAAUAUUAUGCUUGCUCGCAUUGCCACAACAUUUGCAAAACCAAACGGGAUACAUUUUAUUCGCCCCGAGGAUACAUCGAGCAUUGUUGCACAGCUUCCCUUCAAUAAAAUACAUGGUGUGGGAGACUCUGCAAUGGCGAAACUGCGUCCGUUGAUGAAACCUUAUUUUAAUGAUAGUGAAAUUACCGACGAGAGCAUUCUCUGCCGGCACGUACAGAAGCUAACAAAGCAGCAAAUGCAGCGUUCCUUUGGGCAAAAGACUGGUGUGAACUUUUUCAACCUUUGUCGUGGCAAUGACACGCGUGUAGUGAGUCGGACAGGCGAUGAUGAAAACCAAAAGAUGUUUGGUAAGAAGUCACCUAGUAGCGUCAGUUGCUCCAUGAACUACGCCGUGAGACCUACUUCUCUAGACGAUAUUUGGAGCAUUGCUAGACAGUUGCUAGAGGUUGUCUGCAAUAAACUGGAAAAGGGAGAUUACUCGAGUUCUGGGCUACGGGUAACAAUGUUAGAACGCCAUCCUCUGCACCCGAAGGAAACCCAAAAGUUUAUGGGAAGGGGAAGAUGCGUCGAAUAUCACAUACCUGUCUGCUUUGAGUCCACCUUGGUGAGCUCAGACCUUGAAACGAUGCUGCAGCGGGUUAAGGACACCCUCACACCGCUUCUUGUGUGUUGCCGUCCAAUAACUGAUGAGGAAAGGGCAAGGGAGCUUGGUCUGGACGACGACGCUUGGUCCAAGACUGUAUGGACAGUCACUAUUAACGCUGACACAAAUGUCGUUGUAUCUGAUGUUCGGGGAAUGACCAUUCAGGCCACGGGACUUCACGUUGAACAGGGUACCAAGGGCGUUUUCAAGCGUGCACGAAGCGGUCAGUUGUCUCUUGCUGAUGCCUUCUCCAAAGGUUCUGAUGGAAAGGAGGAUGAGGAGAAGGAGAAGCAGCAGCAGCAGCUGCCAGAUGUUUUAAACGUUUCUGCGUCGAUGCCAGGGGUCGUUGAGAGUACUUUUGAUUUGUGCAUUCUUGAUCGUAUGAUGGACCGUGACAUUGACAGUGUCUUUGUCCAGGAGUGGAAAGAUGUCGCGAGGCGCGUUGGUCGCCAGGCAGAUUAUACAGCAAUCAAAAGUCUACUCCGUGUUGCUGCUUUUCGGUUUGCAAUGGGUUCAAUGCCAGUAGAUGAGGCUCGAGAGGAGUUUAAGAGCCUUGUAGCGUUUGCCAAUGCGUUAUUACCUGUUCCUGUCUCAUUCGUUUAA